UUGUUUUGCAGAAUCCAAUUUGGGAAAAACCCUAGAUUGGAUCAGAGAAGAAGAAAUGAGCGAAAGGCCCGUGCCGAGAAGGGAGAGCCCGUGGGGAUUGUCCGACGGCCCGCAUCGCGAACCAAAAGCCCACCGAUGCAACGAUCGUGCUGAAGAUGUCAUCUAUGCAUUUUUCGAAGGCAAUCCAUUUAAAACAGUGCCAGGGCCUUUCAAGCUAUUUUAUCGGUGCAUGCGUUCAAAAGUUGGGGAAGAGCCGACUGAGCCAUUCUACUUCUUGGACCUGGAACCUCCCAAAAGACAAGAAAAACUCGAGGAAUGAGGAGUUGAGCCUUUCGAUUUUUUACGUGCCUCUUGUUGAACAAGUAACUUGAAAAUACAUGUCUUUGUUUUUUGUCAUUAUAAAUCUAAUUAUUGUGAAGAGUGAUCGAUCACUAAGCAGAGUUGAUGGUCCAUGACUUCUUUUCUGAAUAAAUGUGUGAGCAGAGUUUGUGUUCGAAUUUUACAUCACGAUAUUGUUUUCGGUAAAUUUUCCGAGAAUUAUGUGCUGAAUUUAACACAAUUUUUUAGUUGGGUCUUGAAUUUCCUUGAGCUAAAAUAUAAAUCGAAAGCAUAUUCUG